UAUAAGUCAAACAUCGAGGUACACGCUAUUAAUGCAUCGUCCUUCGAUGUAGAUACAAGUAAUUACAGCCUCCUCCGACGCUUAAAAUAGGCGCGCAUUCAGAAAACAAAAAUAAUAUCGAAGUUACUUUUACGGUUGGGGUUUUCUUUCAGAGAAGUGACCAUUUGAGUGGAAAUGGAAGAUGACACGGGAGAGCGAUCAAGCUUCGUGAUUGGACUCAUAGAGAAUCGAGCGAAGGAGGUUGGAGUGGCUGCUUUUGACUUGAGGUCGGCUUCACUUCACCUUUCUGAAUACAUUGAAACUAGCAGCUCAUAUCAAAACACGAAGACACUGCUGCAUUUCUAUGAUCCAAUGGCAAUUAUUGUCCCCCCUAACAAGCUAGCACCUGAUGGCAUGGUUGGGGUAUCAGAAUUAGUUGAUAAAUUCUAUUCCUCAAUUCGAAAGGUCACUAUGGUUCGUGGUUGCUUUGAUGAUACAAAGGGAGCUGUGCUGGUAAAAAGUUUAGCUGCUAAAGAACCUUCUGCACUUGGUCUGGAUACUUAUUACAAGCAAUAUUAUCUCUGCUUGGCUGCUGCUGCAGCAACUAUCAAGUGGAUUGAAGCAGAGAAAGGAAUCAUCAUUACAAAUCAUUCAUUGUUAGUGACUUUCAACGGAUCAUUUGAUCAUAUGAAUAUUGAUGCAACGAGUGUACAUAACCUGGAGAUUAUAGAGCCACUGCAUUCUACACUUUUGGGCACAAGCAACAAAAAGAGAAGUUUAUUCCAGACUCUCAAGUCGACAAGAACUGCUGGAGGGACUAGACUUCUUCGUGCCAAUCUGUUGCAACCUUUGAAAGAUAUAGAAACCAUCAAAGCUCGACUUGAUUGCCUGGAUGAAUUAAUGAGUAAUGAAGAGCUGUUUUUUGGGCUGUCACAGGCUCUUCAAAAGUUUCCAAAAGAAACUGACAGGGUCCUCUGUAACUUCUGCUUCAAGAGGAAGAAAGUUACUAAUGAGGUCUUGGGGGGCAUUGACAAUGCUAGAAAGAGCCAGGUUGUAAUAGGAAACAUUAUUAUUCUGAAAACGGCUCUGGAUGCCUUGCCAUUUCUCUCCAAGGUACUGAAAGAUGCAAACAGCUUUCUUCUUGCAAAUAUAUACAAAUCUGUUUGUGCAAACGAGAAAUAUGCUUGUAUGAGGAAAAGGAUCGGGGAGGUGAUUGAUGAGGAUGUAGUUCAUGCAAGAGUUCCUUUUGUUGCGCGGACACAGCAGUGUUUUGCUGUGAAGGCUGGGAUCGACGGAUUUCUUGAUAUUGCACGAAGAUCCUUCUGUGACACCAGCCAAGCUAUACACAACCUUGCAAAUAAGUAUCGUGAAGAUUAUAAGCUUCCGAAUUUGAAAAUCCCAUUCAACAAUAGGCAUGGCUUUUACUUCAAUAUUCCUCUCAAGGACAUACAGACACAGGGAAAGCUUCCCACCAAGUUCAUUCAGGUUGCCAAGCAUGGGAACAGUAUACAUUGCUCAACUCUGGAUCUUGCUUCUUUAAAUGCAAGAAACAAGUCUGCAGCGAAAGAAUGUUAUCUGCAUACACAAGUUUGCUUGGAAGCAGCACUAAUGGAUGCAAUUCGGGAGGAUGUGUCGGUGCUGACCUUGCUUGCUGAGAUCCUGUGCCUAUUGGAUAUGAUUGUUAAUUCAUUUGCUCACAUGAUUUCAACCAAGCCUGUAGAUCGAUACACCAGGCCUCAUUUCACUGAAAAUGGACCGCUGGCAAUUGAUGCUGGAAGACACCCUAUACUAGAAAGCGUGCACACUGAUUUUGUUCCCAACAACAUCUUUCUUUCAGAGGCUUCAAACAUGGUGAUUUUGAUGGGGCCCAACAUGAGUGGAAAAAGUACAUACCUUCAGCAAAUAUGUCUGAUUGUGAUCCUUGCUCAAAUUGGUUGUUACAUUCCUGCCCGGUUUGCAACCCUAAGAGUGGUGGAUCGUGUUUUUACAAGGAUGGGCACACUCCAUAAUCUUGAAUCAAAUUCCAGUACGUUCAUGACAGAGAUGAAAGAGACAGCUUUUAUCUUGCAGAAUAUCUCUGAAAGGAGUCUUGUUGUGAUGGAUGAGCUUGGGAGGGCUACAUCUUCCUCUGAUGGUUUUGCAAUUGCAUGGAGCUGCUGUGAACAACUCUUAUCACUCAAACCUUACACAAUAUUUGCCACACACAUGGAAAAGCUAUCACAAGUAGCCAGCAUAUAUCCAAAUGUCAAGAUUCUUCACUUCAAUGUUGAAGUAAAAAACAAUCGCUUGGAUUUCAAGUUUGAGCUGAAAGAUGGGUGGCGCCAUGUACCACAUUAUGGGCUUCUAUUAGCAGGAGUAGCAGGGCUACCAACUUCAGUUAUCGAGACUGCCAAAAAUAUCACUUCAAGGAUUACAGAAAAGGAAGGGAAGAGAAAGCAGUUGAACUAUGAGGCAUAUGAAGGUAUUCAGAUGGCAUAUACAGUGGCUCAGCGUCUAAUAUGCUUGAAAUAUUCCAUCCAAGAUGAGGAUUCCAUCCGACAAGCACUUGAACAUCUUAAAACCACCAAUUUACAGAAUUUUAGAAUAGAUAGAUAG